ACCAAUUCACAAUAUCAAUUCAAACACCCCCCACCCCACCCCACCCCCACCCACCCCCUUCAAAAAUUAGCCAUGACCAAAGGUGGAAAACUCACAAAAUUUAAAUCAGUCUUGAAAAAAAUGCAAUCUUUCAAACUUGGACGUGCAAAUGCAUACGACGACGACAACAGCAACAACAACAACAAUAAUUUACAUGUUGUCUACGUUGGAAAAUCGCGACGUAGGUAUCAUGUUACGUCUGAUGUUAUCGAUCACCCUCUUUUUCGCGAAUUAGUUGAAAGGAGUUCAUCAUCGGAGGUGGAGGAGGAAUAUGUUAGUGUUGGAUGUGAAGUUGUUUUAUUUGAACAUUUAUUAUGGAUGCUACAAAAUGCUGAUCCACAACCCGAAUCGAUGGAUGAGCUCGUUGAGUUUUAUUCAUGCUGAUCGAUUCAGAAUGAACGUGAUCUUAUUAAAUAUAUAUAUGCAUACAUUUUGAAAUUCUUCUUUUUUUAUAUAUAUAUAUAUUUUCUUUUUUUCGUAUGUAUCGAAAGCAAUGAGUUCAGUUGAACCUACUGAAUCCAUCAUGUAGUGGGUGAGUUUUUUUUUUUUCUUUUUUUUGUAAUUUGAUUUUGAUUAACAAGAUUGUUCAAAUGGAUGAUCUUACAAUAGAGGGAAAAUUAUGACUAAUUAUGUUUAA